GUGGGUGCUUCUAGAGACUUCCUUCGUCUAGAACCCACCUCUGCCAGUGCUGAACCCCUCGUGCUCUGUCCUCUAUUUACGUCCUCUCCUUCCAUCUCUCAGUGUUGCAUUUUCCACCCAAAGCAACACUCCAGAAACCCUAACCAGAAUUCACACUAGGUUUUCGUACUCUGCAACUCUCUAGCUUAAACCAUGUAUCGCAUGGCUGCCAACCUUGCUUCCAAGGCCCGAAUCGCUAGGAACGGUAGCCGACAGGUUGGUAGUAGGUUGAGUUGGAACAGGAACUAUGCGGCUAAAGACGUCAAAUUUGGAGUUGAAGCUCGUGCCUUGAUGCUUAAGGGUGUUGAAGAGCUUGCUGAUGCUGUUAAAGUAACCAUGGGUCCUAAGGGGCGCAAUGUUGUAUUGGAGCAAAGCUUUGGUGCCCCAAAGGUGACCAAAGAUGGUGUUACUGUUGCAAAGAGUAUUGAGUUCAAAGACAAAACUAAGAAUGUGGGUGCAAGCCUUGUGAAGCAGGUAGCAAAUGCAACCAAUGACAUGGCAGGCGAUGGUACCACUUGUGCGACAGUCCUCACUCGUGCAAUAUUUUCUGAAGGCUGCAAGUCGGUGGCAGCUGGAAUGAAUGCAAUGGAUCUAAGACGGGGGAUCACAAUGGCGGUAGAUGCUGUAGUGACAAACUUAAAGAGCAGAGCACGAAUGAUCAGCACAUCUGAGGAGAUAGCACAGGUUGGAACAAUAUCAGCAAAUGGAGAAAGAGAGAUUGGUGAGCUGAUAGCUAAGGCGAUGGAGAAAGUAGGCAAAGAGGGAGUUAUCACCAUAGCUGAUGGGAAAACACUGUAUAAUGAGUUGGAAGUUGUUGAGGGAAUGAAGUUGGAUAAAGGCUAUAUAUCUCCAUAUUUCAUUACCAAUGAAAAGAAUCAAAAAUGUGAAUUGGAAGAUCCCCUUAUUUUGAUCCAUGAGAAGAAAAUAUCAAGCAUAAAUGCUGUGGUAAAAGUAUUAGAGUUGGCCUUGAAGAGGCAAAGACCUUUGUUGAUUGUUGCAGAAGAUGUAGAAAGUGAUGCACUGGCAACUCUUAUUUUAAAUAAGAUUCGAGCUGGAWWCAAGGUUUGUGCCAUUAAAGCUCCUGGAUUUGGAGAAAACAGGAAGGCUGGUAUGCAGGAUCUUGCAACUCUAACAGGGGGUGAGCUCAUCACAGAAGAACUUGGCAUGAACCUUGAGAAGGUGGACUUGGAUAUGCUUGGCACAUGUAAAAAGGUGACAGUAUCUAAGGAUGACACAAUCAUUCUGGAUGGGGCUGGUGACAAGAAAGCCAUUGAGGAGCGAUGUGAGCAGUUGAGGUCCGCAAUUGAAUUGAGCACUUCUGAUUAUGACAAGGAGAAAUUGCAAGAGAGGCUAGCAAAACUUUCUGGUGGUGUUGCUGUUUUGAAGAUAGGAGGAGCCAGUGAAGCUGAAGUUGGUGAGAAGAAGGAUAGAGUUACUGAUGCUUUAAAUGCAACUAAGGCRGCUGUGGAAGAGGGAAUUGUACCUGGUGGUGGUGCUGCACUUCUUUAUGCAUCCAAAGAAUUGGAUAAGCUGCACACUGCCAAUUUUGACCAGAAAAUUGGUGUUCAGAUAAUUCAAAAUGCUCUCAAGACACCAGUACAUACAAUUGCUUCCAAUGCUGGGGUUGAAGGAGCUGUGGUUGUCGGCAAGUUACUGGAGCAGGACAACCCUGACCUUGGUUACGAUGCAGCAAAAGGGGAGUACGUAGACAUGGUUAAGGCAGGAAUCAUCGACCCACUGAAAGUGAUCAGAACUGCAUUGGUGGAUGCUGCAAGCGUGUCAUCUUUGAUGACAACCACCGAGGCUGUUGUAGUUGAGUUUCCCAAGGAUGAGAAGGAAGUUCCAGCAAUGGGUGGUAUGGGCGGCAUGGAUUAUUGAAGGCCUAUUUAGACUGGAUGAGCUGAGCAUUAAUCGAAGUGGUAAUAUUAUAUCCCGAAUUUCGCAUGAAAAUUGAAAGAACGUUAGGGUUUGGAAUGGUGGUGGGCUAAUUCUUUCCCAAAGUGGGAUCUGGUUCUUGUGCCCUCUGCACUGUUUAAUCUGUCAGGAAAUUUUCUUAGAGGCUCAGAAAUCCGUGUAACCAUAGCGAGGGAAUUCAGUCUGUAGGAAGUUUUGUUCACGAUUCUACCCGAUUAGAGAAAAAAAAAUCAUUACUGAUGAUUGUAAAGACUCGAGUCUUUCUGUUCAGGAUUCAGCAGGGAUAUCAGUGUAGGUUUUUCUCAAAAUGAAAAUAAAACAUUUUAUUUGAAAAAGGAAGUUUUAAUGACGUUGUGUGGUGCUAAACGGUUAAUUGAUUUCUUUCCGAGCCGAGUUUUGGCUGGCCUUUGGGUUGGUUGUGUUGUAUUACAAAUCCAACAAGGGUAGUGGACUGACGGUGCCUCUA